AGAAAGAGGAGAGAGAGAGAGAGAGAGAGUUCAUUGCUGUGAAGAGUCUUUGCUUCAAGUUUUGAUUUUUGGAUAUGUCGCUGCUCUCAGAUCUCAUCAACCUUAACCUCUCCGAAACCACAGAGAAGGUGAUCGCAGAAUACAUAUGGAUCGGUGGAUCGGGUAUGGACCUGAGGAGCAAAGCAAGGACGCUCUCAGGACCAGUUAGCGACCCUUCAAAGCUGCCCAAGUGGAAUUAUGAUGGUUCCAGCACAGGUCAAGCUCCUGGAGAAGACAGUGAAGUGAUCAUAUAUCCACAAUCCAUUUUCAAGGAUCCAUUCAGAAGGGGUAACCAUAUCCUGGUGAGUUUCUUUUUGUCUAUUGUGUCAUCUGUUAUGUGUGAUGCUUACACUCCUGCUGGAGAACCCAUUCCCACUAACAAGAGACACGCUGCUGCCAAGAUAUUCAGCCAUCCUGAUGUUGUUGCUGAAGAACCCUGGUAUGGUCUUGAGCAGGAAUACACCUUGUUGCAGAAAGAUAUCAAUUGGCCACUUGGGUGGCCUGUUGGUGGCUUUCCUGGCCCUCAGGGACCAUACUAUUGUGGUGUUGGUGCUGACAAGGCUUUUGGCCGUGAUAUUGUAGACUCACAUUACAAGGCCUGUCUUUAUGCUGGCAUCAACGUCAGUGGAAUUAAUGGAGAAGUGAUGCCCGGCCAGUGGGAAUUCCAAGUUGGUCCUUCUGUUGGUAUCUCUGCUGGUGAUGAGUUGUGGGUUGCUCGUUACAUCUUGGAGAGGAUCACUGAGAUUGCUGGUGUGGUGCUUUCCUUUGACCCCAAGCCAAUUCAGGGUGAUUGGAAUGGUGCAGGUGCUCACACCAAUUACAGUACCAAGUCCAUGAGAAAUGACGGUGGCUAUGAAGUAAUCAAGAAAGCUAUUGAGAAGUUGGGGAAGAGGCACAAUGAGCACAUUGCUGCUUAUGGAGAAGGCAAUGAGCGUCGUUUAACAGGUCGACAUGAGACAGCUGACAUCAAAACCUUCAAAUGGGGAGUUGCAAACCGUGGUGCUUCUAUUAGAGUUGGGAGGGACACAGAGAAAGAAGGGAAGGGUUACUUUGAGGAUAGGAGGCCUGCUUCUAACAUGGACCCUUAUGUGGUUACUUCCAUGAUUGCUGAGACAACCAUUCUCUUGAACCCAUAAGCCACCAGACGAAUCACAUGCAUUUGGAGGUUAUUGUUGGAGAAAAAUUGUUUUUCUGGUUAGGAUGUGGUCAUAAUGUUUUAUUUUUCUUUUAUUUAUUUUUCUACCUUUUUUAUGCUUUUGUAUGAUUGGCUUUGUGCUAUUUUUAAGGCCUUGUUGCCUUGUUUGUUGGUGUACCAACUGCGAAGGCUAGUUCAUUGCUUUGUAUUUCCUUCCCUUGUUUUCUGAUGUUAUAGUUAUCAGUAAAAAUUAAUAAUAAUGAUUGUCAAGUAUAUUAAUAAUGAUAUACCAAAUUG